UCGACCGUCAGAUAAUUUAUUGCCUUUCAUGUCUUUACUUCUUUGGCUAUAUUUUCUUUUGUUAAUUUCUCAACUACAUUCGUAAUCGCUAGGUCUAUAACUUGUGCAUUCUGAAUAUUUUGAUGUCAAAAAAAUUAUUGCUAGAUCUGAUCUAUACCUACAUUUCUUUUUCAUUAUUUUAGAAAGCAAUUGUAAGAUUUUUUCCUUGGAUUUUACUGACAUCACUUGUUCUUUUGUUAAUGUUGGUAAAGUCAGAACCUGGCUGAUGUCAUUGGAAGAAGUCUUCUAUUUCUUUACGUAAUAUAUCUAUACCUAUGUCCAGACUAAACAUCAGAAAGUUGUUUAUUGUAGCCGUCACCUCAACACUAGGGUCUGUUAUUCUUAAUCUAACAAUUAGUACAAUGAAUAGUAACGUGAACAUUGGCCUGUUUCAAACAAAAGAUGUCAGAGAAAACACAGUUCUUUAUGAUCAAGAACAGAAUAAUUCAGAAUAUAUAAACCAUGAAAACAUUCUUGAUGAGUUUAUAAACCACCAAAUAAACAAAUCCAAGAAGAUGGGCCACAGUGAAACCGAUUUGGUAAUAGCAGAAGAUUCAACAUUUCUUAAAGGAAAGACUUUGACAGUGUUAGAUUCCAUGCGGGACGUAAAUGGUAGUGACACAGCUGUGACUAACACUCUACAAGACAGCUUUAGUCAAGACUUUACAACGAAAUCAAGGAAUGAUUUGGCAGACUUACCAAAGGAUAAGUCUCAUAUAACAACGAUAAGUGAGCCAUUACAAGAACAAAGCAACGAACAGUUGGAGGCAUUCAAUGUAUCUUUGAAACACACAGAUGAUCCAAGAGAUGGAGAAACGGAGCAGAUCUAUCUUCAGUUACAACAAAGAGAACAGUUAGAAUCAGAAGAUACGCAGUUACAUCAAAGAGAACAGUUAGAAUCAGAAGAUACGCAGUUACAUCAAAGAGAACAGUUAGAAUCAGAAGAUACGCAGUUACAUCAGAGAGAAAAGUUAGAAUCAGAAAAUACGCAGUUACAUCAGAGAGAACAGUUAGAAUCAGAAGAUACACAGUUACAUCAGAGAGAACAGUUAGAAUCAGAAGAUACGCAGUUACAUCAGAGAGAACAGUUAGAAUCAGAAGAUACGCAGUUACAUCAGAGAGCACAGUUAGAAUCAGAAGAUACGCAGUUACAUCAAAGAGAACAGUUAGAAUCAGAAGAUACGCAGUUACAUCAGAGAGAAGAGUUAGAAUCAGAAAAUACGCAGUUACAUCAGAGAGAAGAAUUAGAAUCAGAAGAUACGCAGUUACAUCAGAGAGAAGAGUUAGAAUCAGAAAAUACGCAGUUACAUCAAAGAGAACAGUUAGAAUCAGAAAAUACGCAGUUACAUCAGAGAGAAGAAUUAGAAUCAGAAGAUACGCAGUUACAUCAGAGAGAAGAGUUAGAAUCAGAAAAUACGCAGUUACAUCAAAGAGAAGAAUUAGAAUCAGAAGAUAAGCAGAUACAACAAAGAGAAGAGUUAGAAUCAGAUAACGACCAAAUAGAACAAAACCCACAACAGGUAGAACAAAUGGUAGAUGAAGAAAUUGAGGGAGUAGCUGAUUACUUGACAUCCAACAACUUAAGUGAUACUUCUCUGGAGAAUGUGAUGAAAACAGCACCUGGACCUGUAGGCGUCUCCCUAACUACAACCCCAACCUUAAACUAUUGUCCAGACAAAUCUUCCCAUCUCAUCGGCCAUCUUGCAGGAUUGCUACGGGAAACCACGAGAGAAGAACUAAUCGAUUACUUCCCGGAAAUGGACAACGGUGGACGAUUACGCCCCACAGAUUGCGCAGCGAGACAGAGACUGGCAGUCAUAUUUCCUUAUCGAAAUCGAUACCAACAUCUACAUGUAGUCCUCCAUAACUUGCUCCCGAUUUUAAAGCGCCAGCAGGUCGACGUCACAUUUUUCGUCAUCGAGCAGUCAGCACUCUCAACGUUUAACAGAGGAGCACUUCAGAAUAUUGGGUUUUUGGAGGCUCAGAAACUGAGUUCUUUUGAUUGCUACAUUUUCCACGAUGUGGACCUGAUCCCGCUGAAUGACAACAACUUAUACAGAUGUGAAUCUAAUCCCAGGCACUUCGCAGUGGCAUUGAAUAAAUUUAAUUACAGACUGCUUCACAGCAACUACUUUGGUGGUGUGGUUGGAUUCUCCAGAGAACAGUAUCUCAAAGUCAACGGAAACUCUAAUCUCUAUUUUGGCUGGGGAGGAGAAGACGACGACCUGCGAAUCAGAUUAUAUAAUAAGCACUUCAAAUUACUAAGGUAUUCUCCAGACAUAGCUCGCUAUCACAUGAUCAAACAUACCAGAGACAUAGGAAAUGAGCUCAACCCUUUGAGGUACAGUCUUUUGAAGAAUGCUGCCGCUAGACAAGACAUUGAAGGUCUAAACACUGUCAAAUACAGAAUAGUAAACAUAACAUUUGAUCGCCUAUACACUUGGAUCACUGUGGAGAUAAACACUAGCGAAAUACUCAAGACCACUCCCGCCUUAACACAGAAAGACAUUGACCAGGACUCGAGGAAAUGGAGAAAACGAAAGCCUCCCAGCCAGAAGAUUCCGUUAGAGCAGAUUUCUAAAAGCUAGAGAGAAAGACGGGUAGAAUCACGUUGGAGGAGAUGGAAUUAAGACAAUCGUGGAGCUAAAAUUAGGACGCCAUUAUUAAAGUCUGAAUAUAAGUACGCAUAUAAUACUCUUACAUUGCUAUAUGAAAAUAAAAAAUGUUUUUAAAAAGACAUUUAAUGUUUUUUUUGGUUACUGCCAAAUUAUUUCAUUCAUGGUUGCAAGAUGUAGCAUACGAUGGAGUGGAAAGAAAACACACUCACGCCACCCGCACAGCAUUACUCGAUUCUAUAUUACGUUCUGUUGUGAAAUGUUCCUUUUUUAAUAUAGUUGUGCAAUAUGGAGCGACUGUCUUUACAACAUACAUGUCUUGUGCUGUCUGAGUAGAUGUGUCUCUCGAUGUGUCUCUCCAUGUGUCUCUCGAUGUGUCUCUCGAUGUAUCGUACAAACAAAAAGAAGUCUUAUAUCAAGUCUUCGGCUUUGUUCGGUAUAAGUCUUAUUACUUACAUACUUUUUCAAAACCUUCCUUCUUUCUUUGGGCAUUUACUUUUUUUUGUGGUCAAUUGUAAAGAGGAAAAGAAAGAGAAAGAGAGAGAAAGAAAGAGAGAGAGAGAUAGAGAGAGAGAGAGAUUAGAUGAAGAAAAUAAUGAGUGACGCGAAACUGCAUUUGAUAUCUGCAAAUGU